ACUUUUCAAACACUUUUAUUUAUCAUAAUAAUAUUUUUCAUAUCAUAAACAGUACAGAGUUUUCAAUAUUGCGGAAGCUUAACAAAUCAUAAUCACAAACAUAAUUUAUUUAUAUUCUUUCGUUCAAAACCAUCACAUCCAUUCCGACUAUCUCGCCUCCGUCUGCCUCCAGGAUCACGUCACAUCAAUCUAUUGACCUGCGUGUAGCAAAUAAAACACACUACACGCUCAGCGGUAAUCCAUUUUACUGUACCUAUUUUGGCUAGUGAUAAUUACUUUUCCAUCAAUGGUCCGGUUUCAGAUGCUAUAUAUAUCAUGAUCAUGGAAAGAGUAUCUCAUAUUCUCACAUUAUGGAAGGAACUUCUCGAAGACUUCCUUAUACCAUAAGAUUCGUUGGUCUACUUGGUAGUCAUUCUCUUGGUAGAAAUCCAAAGUUUAUGGCUACUGCGGUAGAUUUGGGAAGGGAAUUGAUAAGGCGAAAGAUUAAACUUGCCUAUGGAGGAGGUAGUGUUGGCCUUCAAGGAGCUGUUGCUUCAACAGUCUUUACCAAUGGUGGUCUCGUUAGAGGUUUCAUUCCUGGGUACAUAGCAAUACGACGUAUCUAUGGACCUACGUAUGGUGUAGAGCAUACAGUUUCCAGCAACUAUUACAAAUAUUUUGAGAUGAAUCAUGCCGUGGAAGCUUUCAUCGUCCUUCCCGAAGGAGUUGACACUAUGGAAGGUUUAUUCACUUUGAUCUCGUGGGCUUCUGAAGGGUUACACAAUAGACCCAUUGGUCUCUUGAAUGUUGACGGUUAUUUCAAUAACCUAAUCAAAUUUCUAGACAAUGCGAUGAGGCAGAACUUCAUGGCUUUGAAUGAGAGAAAACUUUUCAUUUCUUCUUUCUUUGUUGAUGAGCUUUUAGACAAACUAGAGUUUGCUAAAGCUUUCCCGGGUCCAGGGGUUAGUUACGAUGAAUUUGUGAAUCCUCGAAGACUAGACUUAGAAUUGCAUCUGUAACUUUCCUCAUGUAAUCCAAGUUGUAUUUUGUGUUGAAAUAAUACUAUCCAUAAAUAUUAUUUAACGUU